AGUUCAGUUUACUGGUGGCCCGCGAUGAAGUUGCACGCACUUCAGCCGUGUUUCGUACCGUCGUCGUCGUCGUCGUCGUCGUCUUUACCGCCGCCGUCGUCGUUGUCGUUGUCGUCGUUACCGUUGGCCGUUGUCGAUCGAUUUCGGGUCGGUUGUGUCGUUCGCGAAACUACGUGCGCCCUGCACGGUAUGCAAUCCGUGCGUGGCGCAAAAACAACAUAUCGAGCCUGCGGCAGUGCCGGUGUGGUGUAGAAAUUAAAGCCCAAAUGGUGAAGAAAUACAAGCGGGAAUAUACAUAGAUACAUGUUGAUGCGGCUAAAUUAAGAGAAUAGGGAAGAAACAGACCCCAGACCCCUUGUUUCGGGUCUUUCACUUCCACGCAUCGCGUCCUCGACAUAUCCCUCACUCGCUCAUAUUCACGGUGUAAAGUGGCCAUAUCACAAUCACGACCGAAAACAUAUCCACCGCGUUCCACUUGACAUCCCCGGGCCGCCCGGACUGCCUCGGGGGUUUGGAAAAUAUUUUUGAUAGUGUGCUAUAUACAUAAUAUGCUCUGUGGUGUGUGCUUCUCGGGCUGCUACCGGGUCUGAAGACCGCACCGUCCUCAGACGCGCACCGUUACUGCCGGUGAGCAGAUCAAACCGCUCCUCCCCCUUCGCAGAGCUCCCGGGGACGCGAGUGUGAGUGACUGUGUGUUGUUAAAGUCGUCAGCUAGUUACUGCCAUCGCUGUGUUAAUCCUUAAACGCGACAUGUUGCGUAGUGCAAUUUGAACCUGCUUCAUCCUGUGAACAUCCGUUUCCCUUCAGCACUCGGUGUGUGUGUGCUUGUGUGUGUGUGGUGAAAAGCACAGCAACAACAAAUACGUGAUAACAGCGCAAGCAAGGAAACAUGCCGUUAAAGCUUCACCUUGCCCGUGCGUUCGUGAGAGGAUUAUAUAAUUACCAUAAUUGAAUAUAACACUUCUCGUAUCCCGGUGUGAGUGUGUGUGUGUGUGAAUGUUGUUAGCCGCUCGCGUACAUCCUCCGACGCUGCUAAUAGCACGCAUAACAAGCCAAGAAGGAAGUCUAAUGCUUCCCAUAUCCGCCCCACGUGUCCUUUGCGUGUUCUCCCACAAGCGCUCUCGUUUGACACAGAGGUAAAGCAAAAUCAACCGAGAGAAGGAACGAGAGAGAGAAAGAAAUACACAACACGUGAACGGUUAAGCUCGGUGUGUACCUCAAGUACUGCCGCAUCUCUCAUCCGGUGCUUGCUACUGGUUUUGGGUGCCGCGGAGGUCGCCCUUAACAACCAGCGCCAAGAGAGGGGGAGGAAAAACCACCCCUAAAGGCAAAUCUGCUUCGACCGACUUGAACCUGCCAAAAUCAUGGUGGGUGUAUGGUGCACGUGAGUGUGUGUCUGUGUACGGCACAACGUUUGCGUAUAACGGCGGGCGCGCCUCCAUUCGGGCAAAAAAGCGCGAACGAAAGAAAAAAAAGCCAUCCAGACUUUCGGCCAACCCCGAAAGACGAUAAAGGUGGCGCCACCGAGUGGGGGAGUGGGAGUGGGUGGAGGGGAAAGUGCGAAACGAUGCUUCAGUGAUUUAUGAUGCUCGCGUACGGUUGUGUUUUAUUUUUAAGGACGCAAGCAAGCAAGCCAGGUGAGGGCCGGUGUCGCUUGACGCACCGAAACACGCGUGCAAUAAACGCGUAGAAAACAAACGCCCAACAAACCGGGUAAAGGUCGGUUGUUGAUUUUAUGAAGCACUGGCAGCGUGUGACAUUUGCCCGGUACACAACUGUUGUGUUGAAUUGUGUUCAGCGGAAGGCUGUGGGUGCUGCUGCUGCCCAUCCGUAUUUGUUUUGCCCGAGGAGGCGAGCGCGCGGUGGUGCUGCGGUUAGUAGUGUGUAGGGAACGUCCUCUCUAAAACCGCACACACCGUUAAAGUGUACACUUUUUUUCCGUGUCCUUGGCGCCUUAACUGAAGCUGAACCCCUAGUUGUCGUUGCCGAUUUUCCUUCCGCGCGUCGUGAGUGCGUUUUGAAAAGUGUGUUGAGUCGUCGCGCGCGUUUUCCGUUUUGUGUCGCGCGUUCGUUCGUUUGUUCGCGCGUUUUCGGAAGGGAAGGAUAUACCAGCUGCACACACCCACACAUAUAGUUAAAGCAACAAAGCGGGGGGAAAUAAUUCAGUGCCGCCAAAAUCAAUACGUUCUGUGAUAAGGAAACAAGCUUCAAGCACCGGAAAAAAGAUAUAUCAAAACUUCUACCCCCCAAUCCGUUUUACAUCGGUUAAGUUUUGCAAAUCCGCUGUUAACUCCGUUGUUGCCCCGUUUUGGUCUUAUUCGGCUCGUACCAACAAAAAAAAAACCCCCCGAAACAAACGUGUUGUGUUUGGAAACGUAUUUUAUGCUACAAUCGUUACUUCAGAGCGUGUUACUUCAGUUCGGUUCGUGUGCCAGGCUUGAAGCUAUCUUUGCAAAGAACCACUUAGCCUCUCUUAGCCCUAUCUAAAGCGUUUUCCCAAGAUAACACUGCGCUGGCAGGGGGCGGGAAAACAUAAUUAAGUAAUCAGAACUAGCCGCUGACCGUGGCUUAUCUUUCAAACGGAAAACAAGGGAAGGACCGCGCUCGACCCUCAUCCAAGGAGGCGGCUGCCGUAAAUCGCACAGUGUGUUGCGUGCACGGAAGCGGAAUAAUUUAUACCACUCUCGCUGGCCAGCGUUCCACAGCCCCCGGUGCGCCGGUACGGUUAAUUGUUUUACCCAUCAAAAAUACUACGCUGAAUCAAGGACGGCGAAGAAGUAGCAGCAACAACAACAAAAAACACAGACGCAAUCGCCACACUUUCACCGCGACAGCAAGCGACUUAAAGUUUAUGACCGCCCAGCAUGAAAGCUCAUCAAAGCGUCGCGGAUUGAUGGCGUUGUUUGGCCGUUCAACGGGAGGUGCAAUUGUCGCUUGCGGUGUAGUUUAUGCGUGGCAGGUGUGAACAAACAAACAAAUAAACUAUCCACUGCAAGAACCAGUGGAAGAAAGAGCGUGGAAAGCGGCGGAGACGUGAACGAAAAAUAAAGAUAGGGGCAAAUUCCAUUGCUCUGUGUUUGCAUCGUCGGUUUGGAAGAAAAGAAGCUCCACAAAAAAGGGAAAAGUAAAGGUGUCGCCUGUGAGUUGGUGAGCGUCACUUGAGAAGUGAAGUGUUGAAUUUGUGUAACCUAUAAAUACGUAAAGAAGUGAAAAAUAUCGUUUGUUCGUCAUAUCAAAAAGCAACGAAAAAUAUCAAGUCAGAAAUAGUUUAUAUCACAUCGGAAAAGUGAAUCAUAUCAGUGCUGAGUCAGCUGUGUUGAUUUUAGUUGUUUUGGGGGAAGAAGCUGCCGAUGGAAAGUUUAAUUAGUGCACAAACCCUGCCCGUUGCCGAUGUGUGACGGCCGCUCGGAAAGCACAAAUUUAAAUCAACCGUACCGCAAUCAGUGGAACCAUUGUGUUUUUGGAGGCUCCCGACCGUAUACUAAACACAUACACAGUAGCAGCCACCGAUCCGUGCAGCUGAGCAGUUCUCUUCCGCCCAGCCAAGAUGGCGAUGGUAGUGUCGGGCCGGGCAAAGGCCGUCAUUGCCGCCUUUGUGUGCUUCUUCCUGCUCGGCAUCGUGCUGGUGACCGGCUCGACCAAGGGCUGGUUCGUGCCGAUGCGUUACAACGAACGGGUCGCCGCCCGGGUACAGAUCGACGAAGAGCUCGAGUCAACAGAUGAGUUCGGUGACGACUUUAAUUCGGAAAUGGUGUAUGAUCAAAGUGGUGAUGACGAUGGAUUCAAUGAGCCACCGAUGAUAUCGCCACCGCCGCCCGAGUACGGCUACCGGUUGAAGGGCGACAAGGGAGAACGGGGCACCAAGGGGGAGAGCAUACGGGGGCCACCGGGCCCACCGGGACCGCAGGGACCGCCGGGUCCACCGGGACCGCCGGGUGUAGCGGGCCCGAAGGGUGGCGGCGCAUUCGAUGGUGAUGGAUCUGGCGAUGAGCUGAAACGAUUAUCACAGCUCUACGACACACUGCCAAACAGAAAGCACGGAGGGCAAUGCUUCUGCAACGCAUCCCUCAUCAUCGAGGAGCUGAAAAUGGACAGCAAACUGCGCGAGUAUCUUCGCGGCCCACAGGGCAUGCCCGGCAAGGAGGGCAAGACGGGUUCUCCCGGUCUGACGGGCGUCACUGGUCCGCAAGGCGAACGUGGUGCUUCCGGCCCGAAGGGCGACAAGGGAGACCGCGGUGACCAGGGCGCGGCCGGACCGGAGGGCCUCCACGGAAGCAAGGGGGAACCGGGGCUGGAUGGGGCACCCGGUGUACAGGGCCCACCCGGCCCACCGGGACCUCCGGGGCUUCCCGAGAACUAUGAUACUAAUUGGAAUCCGUCGCGGAUGUUCAAGGAAUCCAUGCUGGGCGCACCGAUCCAGGGAAUGCGCGGUGGAUCGCCCGGGCUGAAGGGUGAACCGGGCGAGAAGGGCGAGAUCGGAUUCCCGGGCGAAAAGGGCGAACACGGCACCAAAGGUGACCGGGGUGAUCCGGGUCUGACAGGUGCCAAAGGUGAACGGGGUCAUCAAGGGGCGCACGGACAAACGGGGCCGAAAGGACCGCCCGGCAUACCGGGCAUACCGGGACUCCCCGGGCAGACGGGCGCCUCCGGACCGAAGGGUGAGAAGGGUAACACGGGCGAAUCGGGCCCGCCCGGUCCACCGGGACCGCCCGGCAUGGUCAUGCACACCGAGGGUGGCCGAAACGGAACGACCGAUCAGUGUCAGUGUCAGCCGGGGCCACCGGGGCCACCGGGCGCACGCGGUCCAUCCGGAUACGAUGGUGCGCCCGGACUUCCGGGCGAAACCGGACUUCCGGGCCAUCCGGGUCUGCCGGGCGACAAGGGCGAACGGGGACUGCCGGGCCCGAAGGGCGAGAAGGGGCCGGAGUUUAUCAUCAACGAAAACGCAGCAUUCAACUCGUCGCGGGCCAACAAAGGAGAGAAAGGCGAGCGUGGACAGCGUGGCCGCCGGGGGAAGACGGGCCCACCGGGACCGAUUGGGCCACCCGGCAAGCCUGGCGGUAUGGGUGAAACGUGGCCGGGACGACCGGGACCAAAGGGAGACCAGGGACCGAAGGGUGAAAAAGGCGACAGUAUGGCAAUGCGGGGCCUCAAAGGCGAUAAAGGCGAACGUGGCAUGAAUGGACGCGAUGGACUGCCGGGCCCGCCGGGUCUGCCCGCUGCCUCCGGUGACGGUGGCGUACAGUACAUCCCCAUGCCCGGCCCGCCGGGACCACCGGGACCGCCCGGACAGCCCGGCCCGCCCGGACUGUCCAUCGUCGGCGAGAAGGGUGAGCCCGGGAUGGAUUCGCGCAGUCCCUUCUACAGCGAUUCGCAGCAUGGAUUUUACGGUCGUCCGGGAGGUCGGUCCAGUUUGGACGAGCUGAAGGCACUGCGAGAGCUCAAACACCACAAGGACUACGAAGACAGCACGCUCGGACCGCCGGGACCGCCAGGACCGCCGGGACCGGCCGGACGGCCGCUGCACGACAGUGACGAGAUACCGAACAGCUACGGGGCCAACGUACGCAUCGUGCCCGGCGCAGUUACUUUCCAGAAUGCAGAAACGAUGUCAAAGAUGUCUUCCACGACUCCCGUCGGUACGCUCGCUUACAUAAUUGACGAGGAAGCACUUCUGGUACGAGUGAACAAGGGCUGGCAGUACAUUGCACUUGGAACGCUCGUGCCGAUUGCAACGGUACCGCCGCCCACCACCACGAUCGUUCCGCCGCAGCGUGCCGACCUGCAGGCGUCGAACCUGAUCCACAAUCUCCCGCAGCCCGGCGACGGCUCGGUGUUUACCGCCACGCCGGAGUAUGAGUCGUUACGGAUGGCAGCACUUAACGAACCGUACUCGGGCGACAUGCAGGGCAUCCGUGGGGCGGACUUCGCGUGCUAUCGACAAGCGCGCCGUGCCGGUCUCCUGGGAACGUUUAGAGCGUUCCUUUCGUCGAGAAUUCAAAACCUGGACUCGAUCGUACGGAUAGCGGAUCGUGAGCUGCCGGUCGUGAACACCCGCGGUGACGUGCUGUUCAACUCGUGGAACGGCAUCUUCAACGGACAGGGCGGGUUCUUCUCGCAAGCGCCCCGGAUAUACAGCUUCAGCGGGAAGAAUGUGCUCACCGAUAUGGCGUGGCCCCAGAAGCUGGUGUGGCACGGUUCCAGUGCGCACGGCGAGCGUGCGAUAGACACGUACUGUGACGCGUGGCAUUCGCAGACGCCGGACAAGGUCGGGCUGGCCAGCAGUUUGCUCGGUAACAAACUGCUAGACCAGGAACGGUACUCCUGUGAUAAUCGGUUCGUGGUGCUGUGCGUCGAGGCGGUCCCGCAAGACCGAAGACGGAAGCGACGCGACACUACCAGCCAACACGAGUUUGCCAACGAGAAGGAGUACAGCCAAUAUUUGCAGAGUAUCAGCGCACUGUAAAAAAAAAAGAAGCAAAACCACCCCAAGAGUCUCUGCAAGCGCAAGAAGUAAUCCCCCAGGAACCCUCAUACUACAUCCCGCUCACAAUACUCAGCGCAUCGCUAAUGUCCCAUCGGUACACCGCGCCAGUGACACGCAAGGAGUAGCAGUAGCCUCGAAAUAGUCCCAUCCAUCGGCUGCAAAAUUCACCGAAAUCAGAGCGUAAUCCAUAUCUGGCGGAACCGAUUUGCGAACGAACAGACAGGUUCCGAAACUCUCGCAAACAUAUACAAUGCAAAUGAUAAAUAAGCUAGGAACCUAAAUAGAUAAGCUAACAGAAUGUGGGAAAUUGAUUGGAAGAUUGGAAAUUUUAAAAACGAAACUUAAAAUAAGAAAAUCCAAUAAAAAAAGCUAACAAACAAAGCAAACAAGCUGGACAAGUGAAACACAGCCCCAGCCAGGCGUCACACUGCAUGGUUGCAGUCUACGCGCUGCCCGAAACUGAAGAUGAAUGAAAAUAAUGAUAAUAAGUAAUUUUAACAACAGUCCGUACCCGAACUACUAGUUACAUUAGCGAAUUGUUUUAACUGACAGUUUUUUUGUUUUACUUUACGUUUUAAUUGUUUAGCAAUUAUUGUAACAUAUGGUCAAGCGUCAAGCGGAUGUCAACGCUGCGUGACGCUAAUGUCAAACUAAACAAAACAAGAAAAGAAGAGAACAAAAUGAACAAAACACAAGUCAGUAAGUAGCAAGUAAGUAAAGUACAAGAAACUAAGAGAGCAAACGAGGGCGUUAAUGUGUUUAAGUGGUUAAGGUGGACAAUGUAAGCAAUGUAACGCGAUUCAAUUAACACAAACAUGAACAAAGCAAACGUGACAAAGCGCCCCCAUUAUCAAGUCUUCUAGCCAUGUCAGAAGGAGAAAGAGAAGGAGGAGGAGCAGUAGCAAAGGCGAAUGAAACUAAGAGUCAAAUUCAAUUCAAGUCAGCCCUCGCCAUGUUGAUAGUCAAAUUAAAAUCGAAAGCGCCCUCUCAAUCCAUCAAAAGCCAAUCAGUUUGUGCGUCUUAGUGUAGAUCUACUUAAUCUUUUCUCUUAGUGAACCUGCGCUGGCGAUACAUGAUUUUGAUGACAUACUUCUUCAUGCAGCGCCCAAUAUUCGCAGUCAGUGCCACAGAGAGAGAGAGAGCUAUCUGUUUGCCAUGUUUAAGUUCCCUAUUGCAAACUUUCACUACUUCUAUCACUCUACGUCUACUAAUACAACUUCUUCCGAUUACUACUAUCAUACACUAUCACACUAUUAGUGUACUGCAAAGCUCGAAACUCUUGUCAGUUCUGAAAACGCAAUCUUUUUAUCUGUUCAACCCGAUCGUAUAACUUGUACUAAAACUGUGAACAAAAAAAACACACACACACAGAAAGCUAGUUUUUACAUUAACGACAAGCAAAAUAAACCCUCGUGUUGUGAAUAGAAAUGCAGUGGCGCAGAGAAAAGGGAUCGGUAGAGAGAUAUUAAAACGCAGUAACGUUUAGUACUGCAAUGCGAUCACCAACUCAGCCACACUCAGCCCGUGUAAUGAGUGUGUGUAUGUAUUUGUUUUAGCUAUUUAAAAAAAUACAUUUAAUCGAAGCGUACAUCGCAGGCAUAAGGAUUCACUGGGUUAAAACAAUCGCGACAAAACCAAGCAAAACAUUCUGGGGAAAGAAAAACGUCUUACCGUACUUGUACUAAAAACCAACAUCAUUCAUACUGUCUAUCUCCCACCAAAUCGUAAUCCCUUUCCCUUUCCGUAGUUAAUAGGAUAACUUCCGAAACAAAACAAAACAAACCAUACAUUACUAGGCUAAUGGAAGCAGAGAGGAGGUGAAUUGUUUUUUUUUUUUUUUUUUUUUUUUGUUGUCCGUUCAAUUAUUUACAAUCAUAAGUACAUUGUGAACGAUGGUCAGCCAGACCGAUGGAUUGCAAAAUACAUACUAAAAACAAAAGAGUGAAUGCGUUUUCAAUGCAAUUAAAAUGCCAUCGUCAGCCAGCCGGGUGACAGUGUUGUGUCAUUUACAAUGCGCCCCAAGAGACGGCGGGAUGAAUAGAUGGAUGGGAAACUGUUUUAGGUGAUAAGAUUCGUGUAAGAAUUGCACUCCCUGUACAGAUACACACACAAGAAGAAAAAAAACAGGCACAUGCGAGAUGGGUGGUGAGAUAGAAACCGUUUAAAAGUCGAUAGAUAAUAAGCUAUUUAACUAAUAACGAUAAUGGAUAAAGUACAGCGAGUACAGGAGAAGAAACAGUGAACACAGAGAAAAAGUGAUGAACAACAAUUUUGUGCAAAUUACGUAGGUAAUGAGUUUAAGUAUCGUUUUUCAAGUUCGUUUUUGUCUAUAUCAGUGGAUAAGGGGGAGGGUCAAAGUCAAUACAAAAUUGCGCCCACCCCGGAUCGAUGGGUUGGAAUGGAAAAUAUUAAGAACAAAACAUGGUUCUGAUUAGAUGAAGCUGUUACUCUAGGCAAGGGAGAGAGAGAGAGAUAUUGGAACCGGGGGAACUGAACAUUUGACUUGCUGUAAUAAAAAUGAAAUUUAAUCUACAGAUUUA